AUGGCGUGGCACAAACCGAACAUCGCACAAGCGAUGCAAUCCCUCCGCCUAACAGCCCUCCCCAAACCAACCUCCCGCCUCUCCACCCUCCAAACCCACACCCGCAACCACCGCAGCUACGCAACUGAAGCCGAAGCCCAAGCCGAAGCAACCAACACACCCGCGCCGGCCGCCCGAGAAAUCGACUUCGAGUCCUUCGUACAAAAGCCCGCGCGGAUCAUCCCCGCCUCAUCGGCCUACUUCUCCGGCAGCCCCCGCUUCAUCGACCACGUCCUGAAGCUGGAAGCCCUGCAAGCGAAAUACGCCCCCCUGCCCACACUAGUAGCCGGCGAAGCACCCCGCAUGGCCUGGUUCAAGCUCGCCCAGUUCCGCGACUACGUGGGCGAGCCGGUCCCCAUGAAGAAAUACAAAUCCCUCGUCAAGAUCCUGCAGCGCCUCAACCGCAUCCAGCCCGAGCUGGUCCCCGCUGAGGUCCGCGACGCGCUGGAGUCUUUCCUCCGUCCGGGAAACCCGUACGCGGUGAAGCAUGAGCCGGCUACGCUUGAUGAGAAUGGGCGUGCGCGUGGCAAGGGCAAGAGGAAGGAGUCUUCGGCUGUUGUGCAGCUUGUUGAGGGUGAGGGCGAGGUGCUGAUUAAUGGAAAGAGUCUGGUUGAGGCAUUCAAGCGUGUUCAUGACCGUGAGAGUGCGCUUUGGGCUUUGAGGUGUACGCAGCGUUUGGAUAAGUAUAAUGUUUGGGCUACUGUUCGCGGUGGUGGUGUUACUGGUCAGGCUGAGGCUGUGACGCUGGCUAUUGGACGGGCUUUGAUGGUUCAUGAGCCUGGUUUGAAGAGUGUUUUGAGGAAGGCUGGUGCUAUUACUGUUGAUGCUCGUCGCGUCGAGAGGAAGAAGCCUGGUCAUGUCAAGGCCCGUAAGAUGCCUACCUGGGUUAAGCGUUAA